GAGGACUUCAAGAACAAGUACGAAGAUGAGAUCAACAAGCGUGCUUCAGUAGAGAAUGAGUUUGUUCUGCUCAAGAAGGAUGUUGAUGCAGCCUACAUGAACAAGGUUGAGCUUGAGGCCAAGGUUGAUGCUCUUCAGGAUGAGAUCAACUUCCUCAGGGCAGUCUAUGAGGCUGAACUGCGUGAGCUCCAGUCUCAGAUCAAGGACACAUCAGUUGUUGUAGAGAUGGACAACAGCAGAAACCUGGACAUGGAUGCCAUUGUAGCUGAAGUUCGUGCUCAGUAUGAGGACAUUGCCAACCGCAGCCGUGCUGAAGCAGAGAGCUGGUACAAACAGAAGUUUGAGGAGAUGCAGUCCUCUGCUGGUCAGUAUGGUGAGGACCUCCGCUCAACCAAGACUGAGAUUGCAGAACUCACCCGCAUGAUCGCCCGCCUGCAGAACGAGAUUGAUGCCGUCAAGGGACAGCGUGCCAACUUGGAGGCUCAGAUCGCUGAGGCUGAGGAGCGUGGAGAGCUGGCAGUGAAGGACGCCAAGCUCCGUAUCAAGGAUCUCGAAGAGGCCCUCCAGAGGGCCAAGCAAGACAUGGCCCGCCAGGUGCGC